UUCCGUUCUCAUUCGAAAUGUUGAUGCUAUUCCUGCUAUUCUCGCUGAUUCUUAUUUUACGUAAAUUCUACCUGAACAAAUUCAAAUCCGGCAAUAAUGUUUGCGUGUUGGUACUUGGUGACAUUGGCAGAAGUCCGCGAAUGCAAUAUCAUGCGAUUUCCUUCGCUCGAGAAGGUUUCACCGUGGAUGUCGUAGGUUAUCCCGGCUCAUCACCGAUCAGGGAGAUCAGUGAAAAUGCGCGCAUACAGAUCCACUAUUUGCGACCGCCUCCUGAAUUACGAAAUAAAUUGCCACGUCUUUUUUGUUACAUAAUAAAAGUGAUAUGGCAAACAGCUGAUCUUUUAUGGUUGUUAUUUUGUAAACGCCUAUCAGAUGCAGUAAUAACACAGAAUCCACCUGCAAUACCAACCAUUCCAAUAUGUUGGUUUUAUUGUGUUCUAACAGAGGCACAAUUUACCAUUGAUUGGCAUAAUUAUGCUCAUUCAAUCAUGGCAUUGAGCUUGGGAGAAAACCAUAUCUUAGUUAGAUUAUCAAAAAAUAUCGAGACAAUGUUUGGUUGCAGAGCAAAGAAUAAUUUCUGUGUCAGCAAAGCAAUGAAGGAAGAUUUGGAAAAGAAAUGGGCUAUCCAAGCAAAGGUUUUAUAUGAUAGACCAACAGAUAAAUUUCAUUCAAUAACUUUAACAGAGAAGAAUAAGUUUUUGCAAGAAUUAGCUGAAACAUAUGGUAUAUAUGUACCACCCAUAAGAUCUGGCUUUAUUGUAUCCAGUACUAGUUGGACUGAAGAUGAAGAUUUCUCAAUUUUGCUAAACGCAUUACAAGAAUAUGAGAACGCAUGUGAAAAUGGCGAGUUAAAUUUGCCAGAUUUGGUUUGCGUAAUAACAGGUAAAGGACCGUUAAAGGAUUUUUAUAUGGCAAUCAUUGAUUUAAAAAAAUGGAAACAUGUUGAAAUAAAGACACCAUGGCUCAAGAAUGAGGAAUACCCCAAAAUAUUAGCUAGUGCAGACUUAGGUGUGUGUCUUCACACCUCAUCCAGUGGACUGGAUUUACCAAUGAAAGUCGUCGACAUGUUUGGCUGCCGUUUACCAGUUUGCGCAUACAAUUUUAAUUGCUUGUCGGAGUUGAUAAAGCAUAAUGAGAAUAGUUUGGUAUUCGCUGAUGAAAAGGAGCUGGCUGAACAAUUGAAAAUGUGGUUUCAAGAUUACCCCAAUAACAAGACUCAACAACAAUUACGUGAAAAGUUUCAAGAGAACAUGUUUACGUCUCAACAGAAUUGUAAUGAUUGGCACAGUAACUGGAAGCUCAAUGUAUUGCCUUAUUUUCAAAAGUGAUUUUGAUUAUAUUGUUCCAUUGUAUUUUCAUAAAC